AUGUUUUUGUUUUGAUUUCUGGAAAAGGCAAGGAAUUGAUUGGAAGAUUGGAAUAUUAACCUAACCACAAAAAGUUUACUUGUCAUUAUCUCAAAAUGGAAUGUACUGAAAAUCCCUUGAAGAACUCACUAAAUCAGUGCAAUUUCAUGCAGAAUUUAUUAGAAAGAGUGUCUGGCAUUCAUAAUGAAGUAGUUGAACAUGAGAAUUUAGUGCCAAAAUGUGAGACUUGCUGGAGAAACACGGAUGAGUUUGGCUUCAUCAAGAAUCAACUCUUUCUUAUAGUCCGGAUCAAUUUUCACUUGAAAGACGAAAGGAAUCCAAUUGAAGAUGAAGAGAAGCUUGGAACAGAUGUUUUAGAACUCGGCUCAUAUGAUAUUGUAAAGCAUGAGACAGAAGAUUUGAUUGAAAGCACCACCUUUGUUGCUGUGGAGAAUUUUCCAGACACCAGUGAAGACAAAAUAGAUUUCCAGACAAUAGUCAAACAACAGGAUUAUAAGCGGCUAAAAGCCACUAAAAAGCUAUACAAAUGUGAAUUAUGCCGAGUAAAGGUAUCCAAAAAAUGCCAUCUUGUACUCCAUAUGAGGAAACACAUGAGAAAUUGGGAAACUCCAAGGACUAAAAAGCAUUCUAGAUUCAAUGGAGCAAAAGAUAGCUCGACUAAAAAGGAAGAAGAUACGAGACAGAAAUGCCCAUUCUGCCAGAGGAUCUACAAGACAAGGCACGAGUGUCGCUUGACGGAGCACAAAGUUGCUAUAUUUUCGUGUGCUCACUGUUCAGAAACGUUUUCAACUUAUCCCAAAAUAUAUCUUCAUCACAAAACUUACCAUCCGGACAAACCUCGCCCACUUUCGCCCUUUCAAUGCGAUGUUUGUGGAACAUUUGCUUUGCGUUUAUCAGCUCUAAAGCGUCAUAUGAGAACACAUACCGGUUACACACCUUUCAUCUGCGAUGUCUGCCAGAAGGGAUUCCAGACCAGACCACAACUAGUUGAACACCAGCGAAAGCACAUCCCAAAAUCUGAGAGAGACGAUAAGUACAAGUGCGAUAUUUGCCAGAAGAAAUUCACCUUCAGGCAGUCCCUGAAGAAGCAUAAACUUCUUCAGCACACAGACAACAGGAAGAUCUUUCCCUGUAACAUUUGCGGAGGAAAAUUUAUAAGUGAGACAUCCUUGCAGAAACAUCUAACGUCACACGUUGGAAAAGCUCCUCGAGCUCACAAGUGUGAGGAAUGUGGGAGGAUUUUUGAAAAGCUGAAGUACUUCAACCAACAUCGGAAGAUUCAGCACAAAAUAUUUACAGACUUGAUGCUUAAUGCAAAACCUAAAAAGAAGGAUUCGAUGGAAAUUGCAGAAAAACCACUAAAUAGGUGCAAUUUCAUAGGAAAUUUGUGUGCAAGAAUCCAAGAGAUUCACCGUGAAAUUCUUGAGCAUGAGAGUUCGGUUCCUAAAUGUGAAAUAUGCACAGACAACAACAAUGAGUUUUCUUCCAUCAAAAAUCAACUCUUUCUCAUCUUAAAAAUAAAUUUCCAUAUAAAAAGCGAAUCCCGCGAAAGCAUAUCAAAGGAUGAAGGACUUGACGAUAACUUGAAUAACAAGGAAUGUGAAUUGAUCAAGCAAGAGACUGAGAAUUUGACUGAAGACUCGUCUGAAUAUUGUACAAAUUUUGUGGCUGUAGAAGAUUAUCUGGGUACCAGCAAUAAGAGUGUAGCUCUGUAUUCGGAAACUCCAAAAGAAAUUGACACAGCACACGAAAAGCUCUUGGAAAAAAUAUAUAAAUGUGCACUAUGCCAGAUAAAGGUUUCUAAGAAAUGCUACCUUGUCUUGCACAUGAAGAAACACAUUCGGAAGAGAGAUGAUCAAGGGUUACGUCAACAACCGAAGAAAACAAAAGAUGGUCAAGGAACUUCAAAGCUCGGUGAAUCCAGCAGACGAAAGUGCCCGUUUUGCAAUAGGAUAUAUAAGAGCAGGCAUGAGUGUAAUGUGUUCCAGCCUAAAGUAGUGAACAAUUUCUCAUGUGCUUACUGUCCGGAGUCUUUCUCCACAUAUCCCAAAAUUUAUUUUCAUCACAAGGCUCAGCAUCCGGAUCAUCCCAAGCCUCUGUCGCCCUUCCAGUGCGAAGUCUGUGGGAAAUUCACAGUUCAAUUGUCUGCAUUGAGGCAUCACAUGAAAACCCACACUGGCUACACUCCAUAUGCCUGCGACGUAUGUCCGAAGAGGUUUAGAACUCGUCAUCAACUCACUGAACACCUGCGAAAGCACAUACCGAAGGCAGAAAGGGACGAUAAGUAUAAAUGUGACAUUUGCCAGAAAAAAUUCACCUUUAGACAGUCCCUGAAGAAGCACGAACGUCUUCAGCACUCGGAGACUAGGAAAUUUUUCCCAUGUACAAUUUGUGGAUGGAAAUUCAUCAGCGAAACAUCACUGAAGAAACACCAAUCAACUCAUGAUGGAGACGCGGUUCCUGCCUACAAAUGUGACGAUUGUGAUCGGAUUUUUGAGAAGAUAAAGUACUUGAAUCAACAUCGAAAAAUUCAGCAUAACGUCUUCACCGACCUAAUGUUGAACCGUAAAUCGAAAAAGAGAGAAUAAAAAAUGAAAUGCGCGAUGCAUAAAUGAUAAAUUA